UCGGAGCUGUUCAGCAUGUCUGUGGUGCCGCCGAAUCGCUCGCAGACGGGCUGGCCCCGGGGGGUCAACCAGUUCGGCAACAAGUACAUCCAGCAGACCAAGCCCCUCACACUGGAGCGCACCAUUAACCUGUACCCACUUACCAAUUAUACCUUUGGAACAAAAGAGCCCCUCUAUGAGAAGGACAGCUCUGUUGCAGCCAGGUUUCAGCGCAUGAGGGAGGAAUUUGAUAAAAUUGGGAUGAGAAGGACUGUAGAAGGGGUUCUGAUUGUACACGAGCACCGACUACCCCAUGUGUUACUGCUACAGCUGGGAACAACUUUCUUCAAAUUGCCUGGUGGUGAACUUAAUCCAGGAGAAGAUGAAGUUGAAGGACUAAAACGCUUAAUGACAGAGAUACUAGGUCGUCAAGAUGGAGUCCUGCAAGACUGGGUGAUUGAUGACUGCAUUGGUAACUGGUGGAGACCAAAUUUUGAGCCUCCUCAGUAUCCAUAUAUUCCUGCACAUAUUACAAAGCCCAAGGAACAUAAGAAGUUGUUUCUGGUUCAGCUUCAAGAGAAAGCCUUGUUUGCAGUCCCUAAAAAUUAUAAGCUGGUAGCUGCACCACUGUUUGAAUUGUAUGACAAUGCACCCGGAUAUGGACCCAUCAUUUCUAGUCUUCCUCAGCUGUUGAGCAGGUUCAAUUUUAUAUACAACUGAAUUUCUGCACACAGAAGUAAAAGAAGCCGUCUCCGUGAGCACAGCUUACACAUGUAGAAGAAUAAUUGUAGAAAAAAUUUUGGUUUUUUCCUUGUUCCCUAAAUUGCCGCCACCUUCCUGUUUGAAGAGUAAAAAAUAUGAACUAGAUAGUGGUGUAAACAUGUGACUGUUCAUUAACUUUUGGUUCAAUUCAUUUUUUGUACAUUAAAGUGAACUUCCUGUUUGUAUUUUUUUUUUUUUUUAAGUUUCUCAUUAAACUCUGAAAAAUCU